AAAACCAAUCAUAGCAUUACAUCUGUAGAUAAAACACAAGAAACAAUAGGAGGUGAACCAUCAGAGGAUACAGAAGAGGCAACAUCUGAGGAGAUAACAGAGGAAGAAGUUGGUUUCAGGGAAGCAGGAGCAGAGGGAACUAAACCAGAAGUGACAGAGGAGGUUGGACCAGAGAUCCCUUCAAAAUCUGAUGAGGAGAUCACUCCAGUUGUUGUUGUUGUUGCUCCAGAUGACACUGAGGGAUUAUUGCCUUGGACUGAAGUGGAGGAAACACCUGGACCAAAUAUAAUGGUGGAACUUCCAGGAGACUCUGAGGUAGAACUACCUUCAGAAACCACCAAGCAGAGUACUACCCAGGUGGUUGAACAUUCAAGUGAGGUCCCAGAACCUCGAUACCUCCCAGAAGUUGAGGAAGAAUUCGUCCGAGAGGCUCCAAGUGAAAUAACUCCAGAAGUUUUGACUCCCACCCUUCUGGGGAUGACUUCAGAGGUAGAAAUCCCUGAGGUGGUAACCUCAGAGUACCCUGAACAGCUUGCCCUAGAGCCUGCACCUGGGGAAGACAGCACACCAAGUGAGGACACCGUCCAGGUUCCUCCGGCGGAGGUCAUGACAGAGGCUUCAGAUGAAGUACCAUCUGAGUCAUCAGAUGAAAUCACUCCAGAAACUGUUGAGCAAGUCACUGCAGUAAGUACCAAGGGUACUGCCACUCAAGAGGACACCCCUGGCACAUCUUUGGAAGUCACGACCAAGUACGUAGUGGAGUACAACAAUGGCAACUUCCCCGUUCGAGCAGAGAGGCCCUAUGAUGUAGAUGACAACUUACUGGGAAACAAUGGCUUUGGGUUGGAUGGUGAGGCGGAGAACUCGAUUGGUAACGAGAUCGACGACACCUUGUUGCGGCCCCUGAGGCCCCUGAAGGACCAGGUGGUCGAGCUGAGCAUCAAGCUGAGAGGAGAAACCUACAACGACGCUCUCAGAGACCCGAGCAGCUUCCACUACCAGCAGCUGGCCAGACACUUCACACGCAAGAUUGAAGACGCCUUUGAGAGGCUGCCGGGCUUUAAGAAGGUCUACAUCAUCGAAUUCAGGCCGCAGAAGGACCUGGAGCGGGGUUUGGUGGUCCUGGUGCACUACGCCAUCACUCUGGACGUGGACGGCAGCGGCAUCGCCAACGAAACGCUGGACUUCAUCUCUCUGCAGAACAACCUGGUGGAGAAGAAUUACCCCGGAGCCGCAGAGCAGCCCACCGUCGUCUACACCAUCACGGACUUCCGCAACUACAUCACCGAGGCGCUGCACAAAGACAACCUCCUGACCAACAGCAGCCUGGGUACGCAGGCUGACCCGCUGCAGCUGGAGAACGCGGAGAACUUGUUGCCCUCUGUGAAACCUACGAGCCGACCGGCCGACACCCACAACAACAUGGAUAACGUACUGGCUGCAGAGAAGCCUCCCGACGCACCGAGCCACGAGGUGGACAGCAGCGGCGUUUUCCUGAAGAAGGACGACUUCCUGCUCGACCCCUUCGACCCGUGGAAAGGUCAUCAGAGCGGGGGGGCGAGCGAGAACGACGUCUUCAUGUUCGACGAGAGCACGGCUCGGCCACCGCCUGCCGAAUUCCCCGCAAACAUGUUGGACCUGGAGACAACGAAUCAAGAGAAUAAUGGAAAUAUUGAAGAUGAGGGAUUACUCCGCAGCAAUGCUCCCGGUGCCGGAGAUGAUAUCCCCCGAGGGGAUCAUGCAGUCGGUCCUGGAGGCUCCGCUGCCUACCCCCCUCCGCCAGUGAAACAUCUGACAGGCUCUGAGAACACGUUGGGCGAUGGAUCUGGCUCUGGUUUCUCUGGAGACGGCCAGGGAGCUGAUCUCUGGUCCUGGCAGCCUGCGGCGACAUCUGACAGGACCGGCUUUUACAACAGGGGGGAUGGCAGCCUAGAGGUGCUACCGCCACCUGAUUUGGAGGAGACUGAUGAGGAGGACGAAGACCAGGAUGAGGAGGGGUUUAUUGUUGAGUUGUCAUCCACUGAGAAAGAUGAUUUGGUUGCAGUGGGAGUAGAAUUCAACAGUGCUCACCCUUCGUGGACACCAGCAGUUCCUGCUUUUGAGGAUUCAUUGCCAGAUGGAGGCAUUGAGGAACCUUUUCUGGAUAAAGUCCUGGUCACGCCGUACAUCAGCACUGACCCGCGGUACUCAUCGACGACCCAAGCACCUGUAUUCUCACCCAAAGGAACCUUGACUGUCGGACUUUCAGCGCAAGCAGUCGAAGCAUCUAGCAUCUAUGACGACUACUCCUUGACGGAACUGCAUUUGAUAAUGGCACCAGUCACAGAUUCUCCUAAACCUGAAGCUUGGACUCGUGAAGCCCCUGUUUUUGCAGGAUCCACUGAUUUAGCAGUCAAGCUUCAAGAAACCACUGAAGUGGUGGAAGUAACUACUGCAGCAGAAAUAGAUCUUCCAGUUGUUACAGUUGGGACUAUAUAUGCAGAUGAUGUACCUAAGAAGGAGGAGGUUGAAGUCAUUUUUGUGCCUGAAGUGCCUGAAGUCCUUGAUACUGGCACCUCCUCAGCCGAAGAGUCACCUAUGUUUGUAGAAGUCCAGGCAGUCACAGUCAAAGAAUCCAGCGUUGAUACAAUCACAGAAGAGCCACCAGAACUCGAGGUACUCACACACAAACCCAAACUGCUGCUGCCAGAACCCUCAGAUCACGAUGAGGUUGAGAUUAUGGAAGAGCAGCACAUAGGCGCCACUGAUCCCACAACAACAACAGCGCCAGCGGUUGAAGCCCUAGACGAAGACCUGGUUGUGGAUGAAGUCAUGAUCAUCACCACAACCACUGCUGCUCUGGUCCCAACUUUGUCCAUAAGCGCAGACCACAGCACCAGCAGCAUCGUGCUCUCGCCUGAGAAGGACUCACCAUUCACUCGAGUGUCGGAUUCGGUGCCAGAAGACGAGGAACUGGAUCAACAUGAGCACCUAAACCAUGAAGAUGAUGACGAAGUUCCGAUAAGCACUCCAUCUUCAGAUGUUACUCAGUCGACACUCAGAGGGGUGGUCACAAAUGAAACAGAAAGUGCUACAACAGAUGUUGCAGGAGGGUCGGCAGGUGUUUCAGUGCAGGACAAAGACAUGGACACAACCUUGACAGAUACUUUGCAAGGGGAAGUAGAUACACGUAUCCUCCAAACAACAGCUUCCUCGCUUCAGGAAGUCAAAGACAGCACUCCCGCUACUGAGACUGAGCCCUUUGAGCGUGAUUUCUCCGAUGUGCCAAGCAUCGACGUCAGCUUCGACGUGUUCCAGUACGGUGGCAUGGCGACUGAGGGCGACAGCAGUGGCUUCUCCAGCGGGCCUCAGGGGACAGAUUUGGAUGCCAUUGCUUUACCGACCCGACCUGGCAGGGCCCUGACUGUGUUCUUCAGCCUGAGGGUGACCAAUAUGGCGUUCUCCACGGACCUCUUCAACAAGAGCUCCCCUGAGUACAAGGCCCUGGAGCAGCGGUUCCUACAACUGCUGGUCCCGUACCUGCAGUCAAACCUGAACAACUUCCAGAACCUUGAGAUCCUAAACUUCAGGAACGGCAGCAUCGUGGUGAACAGCAGGAUGAGAUUUGGUAAGCCGGUUCCCAGAGGUGUCACCAAUGUCGUCUACCUGAUCCUGGAAGACUUCGCCAACACCGCCUACCAGACUAUGAACCUGGCCAUCGACAAGUACUCACUGGACGUCGAAUCAGGUGACAGAGCAGAUCCCUGUAAGUUCCAGGCGUGUAACAAGUUUUCCAGGUGUAUGGUGAAUCAGUGGUCGGGCGAGGCUGAGUGUGUUUGUGACGCCGGGUAUCUGAGUGUGGACGGUCUCCCGUGUCAGAGCGUCUGCGAGGUGCAACACGACUUUUGCCUCAACGACGGCAAAUGCGAUAUCAUCCCCGGCAAGGGCGCCAUCUGCAGAUGUCGGGUCGGGGAGAACUGGUGGUAUCGUGGUGAGCACUGCGAGGAGUACGUUUCCGAGCCGCUGGUGGUGGGCAUCGCCAUCGCCUCGGUGGUCGGGUUCCUCAUGGUGGCAGCCGGUAUCAUCUUCUUCCUGGCGAGGACGCUGCGAGAGCAGUACGACGGGGAGGACACUGAGGACCCACUAAGACGUGGUGACAGUGUGCCAACGCUGGAGCGCGCCACCAAGUUCAACCCAAUGUUCGAGAGCGACCAGGUCACCGCCCAGUACUACCGUCGUUAUGAAGACGAUAUGCCCCAGCGCUACCGGCGCCGUGACCCCGACCUCCCCCAGUACAGCAGCUCUGCAAGCGUAGACGGCUCCAAAGAGCUCAGCAGCGACGAGAUAAGACACAUCUACCAGAACAUCACGCUCACUAAAGAGGACAUCCAGGAGCGUCUGAGGAUAAUCGAGUUGUGUUCCAGGGAUCAACACUUUGCCGACUUUGUGCGACAGACUCAAGUAUUCCUGGAGAGGAGAGGGAGCUCCACCACAUAGUGAGCAGCGAGGCGGUGACCUCGAGGUACGAAUAUCAUGUUGCUCCGAGACAUUUUUCCCAACUUUAAUG